AUGGGUUUGCCUAUUGCAGACUAUCCGGAAGACAUGGAUUACUUGGAUAUGGAUCCGGAUUCUUUGCUUGCGGAGAAUGCGAUAAUUAUUGCGAAUGCAACUUGUGGAGAAAAAAAGCGUGAAUAUUAUUGCCGACUAGUCGAACACGCUGGAUAUGAUUAUGCAGCUGCACGAAGAACGAAACGUCAAGUUUACACUUACACACAGGACGCCCGCACAUACAAAAACGUGGAUGGUAGUUUGGUUGAGUGCAACUACUGUGAUGCACGGGAUCCUAACCUUCGUCAUCCAAUCGAGUAUGCUGUUUCUGGGAAUUCGUCUUUAUGGUGGCAGAGUCCUUCUCUGGCUGAGGGUCUUCAUUACCACGCGGUCACUAUUGAUAUUGACUUAAAGCAGGUGUACCAAAUUGUUUUCAUUCUUCUGCGCAUGGGUGAUUCUCCACGACCUGCAAAUUGGAUUCUGGAAAAAUCGAUCGAUGGAAAAGUCUUUCAUCCAUGGGUUUUCUUUGCUGAAAAUGCUUACCAAUGUCAAACACUUUAUCAACCGAUGUUGAAUGUCACACUCCGAGUCACCGGCAACUCCCGCCCCCAUAGACUUGGCAAUAAUGAGGUUUAUUGCACAACGUUCUUCAGCCAACCUCAGAAUCUGCAAGCGGGGGAGAUUAUAAUUCCGCUAACAGUGGAUCGUGAGGGUGCCUCUGCAUCGCGCUUUGAAACAAACAAGCCAAUCGAUCCAGAACUUAUAGACUUCCUCUCUGCCCGAUUUGUGCGUUUGAGGUUUCAGAAGUUGCAGACCCUGUCGGGUGAUUGGAUGACCCUGCGUGAUCAGCUUGAUCCAACUGUAUACAACAGAUACUACUAUUCGAUACGGAACAUCAAAAUCGGCGGAAAGUGCAUCUGCAACAGUCACGCCAAUACCUGUGGACGUAAGAUAAUUGAUGGGGUGCCAAGAGCGGUCUGCGAUUGUCAGCACAACACGUGUGGCUACACUUGUGAGCGAUGCUGUCCACUCUUCAAUCAGCAACCGUGGCGACCCGGGGCUAUGUGUGAAGAAUGUAACUGUCACGGAAAGGCUGAUUCCUGUGUGUAUAACCAGACGGUGGCCAAUCUUCAACUCAGUCUCAAUCGCUACAACGUGCGUGAGGGAGGCGGUGUCUGCAUUGGAUGUCGGGAACAAACCACGGGUAUUAAUUGUGAAGAUUGUGUUGCCGGUUACUAUCGUCCUCUAAAUGUCGCUCCAGAAGCCAAGAAUCCCUGUGUUCCGUGCAACUGCAAUCUUCACGGCUCGACAGGCGUUUGUGUCUCAAAUGAUGCAAUGAUGCCGGAGAAGCAUCCCGGUGACUGCAUUUGCCGCGAAGGUUUUACAGGUCGUCUCUGCGAUCGAUGUGCGGAGGGCUACUACGACUCGCCAAUUGCACCUGGCGAGUGUCUCAAGUGUCCCUGCGACGUUGCCGGUUCCCACAGGGGUCAGGGCUACCGCUGUCAGCCGCCAUGCAAUUGCAAACCUAACGUGGAUCCGGAGUCGUUAUGCAAAGCUUGUAUGCCUGGACAUUUUAAUCUGGAUGAUGAAGAUCCGGAAGGAUGUCAGGCCUGCUUCUGCAUGGGCUUGAGCAAAGAAUGCCAUAGUGUUUCGGUAUCAACCGCCAGACGACUCGAACAAGACGGCAAGUUGGGAACGGUCGACACUCUAGAAGGUUGGAAUCUUGUCGUUCCUUCAUCGUCCCGUUCGCUAUCGGUUCCUCCGAUCAGUGCCGGCGCGUCGGUGGCAGAGGCAGCUACCACCCGAAUGCUUCGUGUCAGUUCCGAAGACGCCGAAUUCUCUCUCGGUCCUCCCGCCGCCGAACCGAGCCGUGCCACCUACUGGAGCGCACCUACAAUCUAUCUGGGUAAACAACUGACUGCGUAUAGGGGCUACCUCGAGGUCAUCACGCGCUUUGCUUCGCCGUCUAUUCGCUCUGCUGCCACUGUCGCUACCUCCGUAUAUGAUAAUUACACGUUGUCUCGAAUUUGGAUAACUGAGCCGGAUGUUGUGAUUGAGGGUCAUGGAAUCCGUUUGGCCUACAGCCCCUCAUCAGAGAACAGACAGACGCAUCGUGUUCAGCGAAUUCGCUUGCAUGAGUCCAAUUUCCGCGUGUUGGUUGAAGCAGGUAGUGGCAGUUUGAAUCGCAUCCCCGUUCAUCAAACGCAGGCCACGGGCUCUGAAAGGCAGCCAACCUAUCCAGACCCCACCUACGAUUGGGGAAGCAGUAAUAGGGUGGACUACACGAGGGCCGGUCGACCAGCAACCAUUGUGGACAUUAUGACAGUUCUCUCAAAUGUGACAAGACUCUACGUGAAGGCGCGGUACACUGACGAUCAAGCAUAUUCUGAACUCCGUCGUGUUGCUUUGGAGCGAGCAGAGCGAAGAAACAACACCCACGGCUUACUUGAAGGGAUCAGUGGAGUAGAGGAAUGUCGGUGUCCCCCAGGACAUCGAGGCACCUCUUGCGAGGAAUGCGAGAUGGGGUACUGGCGCGACCCAUCCGUUGCGCUCGCAGGCCAAGAUCAAGGUGGAAUGAUUGCAAGCUUUCUUGGCCUAGUGAACCAAAUCUAUCGACGUUCUUGUGUACCCUGUAAUUGUAACGGGAGAGCCGAUACGUGCGAUCCGAACACAGGACACUGUCUGAACUGCAAGUACAACACAUAUGGACGAAAUUGCGAACAAUGCGCACCAGGUUAUCACCUUGAUCCGACUAAAUUCGGAUCUGACAUCUGUCAGCCCUGUGAAUGCCCCAGCCUCCUAAAUCAGAAGACGAACUCAUGCGUCACAAUUUCUGGAAGAAUUGUGGGCUCCUUUGGAUUCUCCGUUGAAAAGCCUUAUGUAUGUUUGGAUUGCCAAGAAAACACCCGAGGCCAGUUCUGCGAGGCCUGCGCCGAGAUGUUUUACGGGAAUCCGCUUUUAGGUCAGCCUUGUCGACCAUGCGACUGCGGCAUCAUGGCCAUUGGUUGCGAUGGCGUCACCGGAGAAUGUAAAUGCGGCUAUCACACUACGGGCCCCCAAUGCACCGAAUGCGAACCCGGAAGUCAUGGUGACCCUCUUCGAGGCGAACUCUGUACACCCUGUAAAUGCCAUCCUGUGGGUAGUCAGAGCGUCGAAUGUGACAAGAACACAGGUCUUUGCCUAUGUAAGCUCUUCUACGAAGGUCCGCGAUGCGAUCGCUGCGUGCAGGGCCGGGGCAAUGUAGACGCCGGCUGUCCGCUGUGUAACUGCGAUCCCCUAGGAUCUCUACCCCUCAUCAACGGUUCUUGUGAUCCCAUCACAGGCCAAUGCCGCUGCAAACCCGGCGUUGGAGGAACGCUCCAGUGUGAUAGAUGCGAUGAUGGCUACUACAAUCUUGGUAUCAAUGGCUGCCAACCUUGCGAGUGUUCAAAUCGCGCACUAUCAACCGCAUGCCACCCAACUACUGGCCAGUGCGAAUGCGGUAAUAACGUGGUUGGUCAAAAGUGCGAUCGUUGUUUGACGGGCUAUUAUUGGAAUAGAAGUGAGCCCCACUGUAUCCCUUGUGAUUGUGGUGCGGGUUCUCUCUCCACCAAUGACUGUGAUAUUUAUACCGGCCAAUGCAAAUGCGCUCGUUUCGUAAUUGGUCGACGCUGCGACCAAUGCGAACCGGGCUUCUGGGGUCCUUCCCCGCAGGGGUGCAAACGCUGUCCUCGAUGCCCGAGUGGUCGAGUAUGUGACCAACUUACUGGAAAGUGUAGUUGCCCAAAGAAUACAAUUGGGGAUCAAUGCGAAACAUGUGGUCCCAAUUCCUACGAUUAUAAUCCCAUUGUGGGAUGCAAGGACUGUAACUGCUCAGAGAUAGGCUCAAUAGAUGCAUCGGGCGACUGUGAUCUUGUAACUGGUCAAUGUCCCUGCAGGAAUGGUUUCUCCGGUCGAGCUUGUGACAAAUGUGCACCUGGACAUUACGGCUAUCCCGAUUGCAAGCCUUGUAUGUGCAGUUUGGAGGGCACUCUUCGAAAUAGCAGUGAUGGAGACCAGAUUGCUUGCAAUCCUGAAACUGGUGCCUGUCUCUGUAAGGCCAAUGUUGAGGGAGAGAAGUGUGAUAGGUGUAUUCAAGGAUCGUUUGGACUAAGUGCUGAUUACCCCCUUGGUUGCUACGCUUGCUUCUGCUUUCCAACCUCGAAACCUCCACAAUGUGAACAGCUGAAGGGUUAUCGGUCGGUGCCAGAAUUGCCUCGCAGAUUACAGCUAAUAGGGACAGACAACAAGUACUUACCAGGUGGUCCCGUGGUUGACCUCAAAUUAACUUUAGAGGUCAGUACCGGAUCGAGUCAGUUACCCGAUCUAACAGUAGGGCAAAGCCAGUUCAAAUGGCGCUUCUCCAAAAACAUGCCGACCUUCCUUAUACUACCUGAAUUAAAGGGAUCUCACACACGAAGCUACGGAUCGAUAUUGGUGGAAGUUCACACAGACUGUCUACCAACGGCUAACUGUGGGUUUGAGACGUCUGAAGACAAUACGGAGUUGGUUGCACGAGAGGCGUCUCCCACACAUCAAACAGUGCUAGAGGAUCCCCAAAAAGUCUUCGCUCGGAUGACCGCUCUCAAUGGUCAGCUUGAGUUUGAAUAUCAACCCGAGAGUCCCCCACCGCGUACGCCGGUUCCUGGAGGUGAGCUAGUUGCUCAGUACUACACCGUAUGGAUGCGCGAGAACGACUGGGUGCUCACUCGUAUCAACAACCAACGCCUUCGCGUUCGUCCCAGUCGAGCGGCUCUCAUGCUUGCUCUCGUCAACAUCUCCUCCUUCUCUGUCCGCUUAGCCUCGCCCGGUAUUCCGCUCAAGGCUAUAAGUGUGAACUACCGAACAAGGACAGCAAAGAGUGAGGCGCUAACUCAAAUGGGCACACCGAUCACCACAAUUGAAACUUGCAUUUGCACCGAUUCUGCUCGUGGUGAUCACUGUGAGAUUGCUGAGGAUUUAAGUUACUUCCCACCAAUCGUGAUUAAACCGUCUCCUGAUGGCACCUUCUUCGACGAAUUGACCGAUAUGUCAAAGCCCUCUGGAAACGAUUCAAUUCCUGCCGGUGGAAUGCCGAGCUUUGAUUUUGAGGGAGGCAGUGUGUUGGAAUGUAAAUGCAAUGGAAUGGCAACAGAAUGCGAUCAUCAAAACGGUUCCUGUAUAAACUGUAUGGGCAACACUGCUGGAGCGCACUGCGAGGUCUGCGCUGAGGGAUACACUGGCGAUCCAGUCAAAGGCAUUCCCUGCGAGCGAUGUCGGUGUCCAAGCGAGACCGCCAACUAUGCCAAGACGUGCUAUUCAAUUGGGACCAGUGGUCAACACGUUUGUGAAUGUCUACCAGGCUAUGCCGGUCAUCUGUGCGACCGUUGUGCCAAUGGCUACUAUGGCGACCCGUUGAUGAUGGUCCCUUGUAAACCUUGUGCUUGCAAUCCAUCGGGCUCGCAACAUCAAAACUGUAACAAGAAGACCGGUCAGUGUGUCUGUCUACCGGGUAUCAGUGGACGACAGUGUGAUGAGUGUCCAGAAGGUCAUGUAGUCGAUGCCGGACAUUGCAUCGAUUGUCGUGGCGAUUGCACUGGGGAAUUACUUGAGCGCGCGUCUGAAGUCAACACCGAAAUUGAUGCAAUUGACCUCACUGAGCUCGCCCAUCGGGGUCUAAACGACCUUCAAAAUCGUGCUGAACAGCUUCGCCAUCGAUACAGUCUCACUGGCACCCUAUACACCGAACGCGAACUCCUGGAGCGUGCUUCCAAAAUUACCAGGGAUCUGUCUCGUAUCUCGCUUAGCGUGUUAACCACACUGCCUGCUAGCGUAAGAGCUAUCGAUGAUAUCAGUUGCAAUAUCACAAACAACACUGCUAGUUUAUCGCGGGAGCUUUUGGGUCUUGAGCGUCGAUUCGGUGAAUGGAUUCAGUCUAUGCGAAAUCUUCGAUCCGGUCCUGUAGACGAGGCUCUUAUUCAACAGUGGCAUCAACGAGCUCGUUUGAUUCGUCAAGAGAUCUCGCGCGUUGACCUUCAGCCCACCAAUAAGUGGGCGAGUGAAAUGCUUGAAGCUAGCAGACGAUUGGAGGAUCAGUUGGCAGCAAUUUUGAAACGUGCAGCAGACACCAACUACGCUAUCAAAAUUGACAGAUUAGAGCACUACCAAAAAAUGCAGGAUUCGCAUUUAAACACACAAUUAGAACGACUCUACCAUAUGGGGAACCAAACUCAAAAGAAGUUGGAUGAAAUUUUGAGCAUCCAAGAAAUGAUGGACAAUACCAGUGGCAGUGCAAUUGAUACAAUCCACCUAAAUCAGACAAUUUUUGAAGAGCAGUUGAGGAUUUUGAAAAACAAUGUCACAGAUUUCCAAGCUCCAACUCUGAAUGAAGUAAAUCGGCUGGCCGAUCUCCUGGAAAAAUCUCAGUCAUUCAAUCAGGUGCCAGCUACCGUGCCUCCCGAGGUAAUUAGCAAAGCACAUGGUUUGGAGAGGUCUAGUAACCGAAUUGUGGCGGCAGUGGAUCGUGAUGGAGUGGACCGGACUCUAAAGAUACGCGAAACAUAUAAAAACAUUGGAGACAUCCUCAUGGAAGCACGCAACAUCACUGACGAGGGCAUGCGUGCCAUAGAGGCUGCUGGUGGUGAAGGCGUCUCUGCGAGUUCCAUUGAAGCCUCCCUUGCCGACAUCCUAAAGCGUCAUGAGAAAACAAUGGAACGUGUGGAGCGUUUAAAUGACCGUCUGAAUGACGCCAAGUUAAUUGCCGAUGCCAAUGCGGAUCGCUUGACAACGUUGAAGAAGUCAUUUAAUGAUGUAAGUGCGGUGCUGAAACGUACUUUGGAGGCGUCUAAACUUACCAAACAACGCGUCGAUGGCCAACUGCUUCCACUGGUGACACUUACACGAUCCGAAUUGAAUGUUCUUGCUAAAGAGGUUAUGGAGGAGAAGAAACGUUUUGAUAAAAUCGACAAAGAGGUUCGUGCAAUCGAAAAGCAGUUCAACGAGCUAGAAGGUACCGCCAACAUGGCCGUCAACCAGGCCAACUCUACUCAGCGCAGUCUAUUGGAAGUGAUAGCCAUGACAGAGGAACGAGUUGAGGCAGUAGAUCGCAAAAUGGCAACAGCGAGGCGCCUUGCUUCAUUGGCACGCUCACUGCUGGAUCUCACCUAUGGUAGUCUGGGCAAAGAUCCCAUUCCUCUGCGCCUGAGUGGUGGAGGAGAUUGUAUUUACACCCUAGUUCCGUACCAUACAAUUCGCAGUCGUGUUUUCGACCUUGAAUUCUGGUUCACUCCUGCACUCCAACGACGUAGCGUUUCCUCGUCUCCCGCCACUUCCUCCUCUGCCACCGGCAUUCGAACGAAUUCGGUGCUGUUGGUCGGUAGACGCGCCUUCCCUGCGCGAACGACCAUUUUUGCUGUCACCGUGGAACCAAACGGGAACUUGCGGUUUGCUUGGUCACAACCGGAUGUUGUUGGUGGCGAGUUGGGCAUUGAAGUUGGACCACUCAAUGGUUCCGCGAGCAACAGAGUUCGAGUGACUGCAGUACCAGGCCGAGUAGAUCUUUACCUCCAAGAGGUUCCAAAAGACCGCGAAACUCUUGAUGGUCUACCAACCCUCUCGAAAACCUUUUUGGAGGACAAUAAUGGUGAAACACUGCCCACAGGGCUUCUUUUGGAUAAUCAGUUAGAGUUGCGCGUUGGUGGAGCCUUCCACACCAUCAACACGUCAGAAUCAAAUGUUGCACCUAUGGAAUCCUGGGGUGAUGGUGGUGCCGAGGAGAUGUGGGCACGUCUCAUAAAGAUGGAGCACGCUAAGGGAUGUCUUUAUGAGCUGAAAAUUGCCGGACAUCGGUUGGGUUUCCCCGACUUUGCUAAGGCCGAUCCGGCGUGCUUCCAACAGAAGGAGGAUUUCUGCAAGAUUCACACGAAUUUCCGUCCCAUCGUGCGUGACGGUUAUGUGUGGGAGAAGUCGGCUGCCUUGGAGACAGGACUCAGUGUCACCUCCAGUCGCUCGCGCCCAAGGGAAAUCGCAUCCGAUACCAACAGCGGCUCAGUUCAGGAGGUCUUCCUCGAGUAUAUGCAACUUCACGAUUUCGCAGCCACUGAUGCCUACGCUCGUAUUACCAGCUACGAUCAUAUCUCACCCUGUGAUCGAACUCUCAACAUACAUUUGCAAAAACUUGCACCACAAAAGGCCAACAGCAUGGUUCUGACCUUCUACAACUACCGUGAAGACUACGGUAUCACCGUGGAGAGCAAAGGUUACGAGCUUGUCUGUAGCCGCUGGCAUGGUAACCUCAAGGGAGGCAACGGUUACCGAACGCGUAGCAUACGGUCGAUUCGGGUGUCUCCGAUUGCCUCUAAUUACUGGGCUCUGGAAGAACGAAUGGCAGAGGAUUGUGCAUUGGCAAAAGAGGAUGACUACGUUAUCUUCGUUGGGGGCAUUCCUCCUGGUCACUUUGAAUUGCGCAGGGCAAUGAAGGCCUAUGGUUUGUCAACAAGUGGCUUCCGGGGCCGCAUUGGUCUGGCAUCUUCUGGGGAUCACAUGCUUGGCUCCAUUCUGAUCGACUCAUACACGAAAACUCCGAUUCGCAACUACGGAGACACACGAUUUGCAGAUAUACGACAAACAGAGGAGGCCUAUGCCAUUCAAAACACUGCACCGACCAACCAGUACUGUCUAACCCUCAUGCCCCUUAUUAACUUCACGAGCUUUGAGCUGAAACCGAACAAGUUCUCGGCGCCAUGGCUGCCCGAAAUCAGCAUGACGGUACGGUUCCGCCCCGUCGGCAACGAAGAAAUCAACCUGCUUCGAAUGCAAGUUGCUGAGCAAAAUAACCUCUGGUUCCGCGUAUGGCUGACUUCCGAUUUGCGUGUUGGAAUCGCCAUUCCUAGCGAUCCAACGAAGUUUACUACGAGGGAGAUCUUUGGGGCGCCAGUCAUUCGUGACCCAGCCAACAACCUUGCUGCUUUGAAGGCUCGUGAGGCGCAGGUCUUCCAACAGCCCCUGUUUGCAGAAUCCGUUCUCACUCUUCGAUUUAGCGGACCUGAUUUCACCAGACUAACUGUCCUCUUUGACCAACGCCCGGUUCAUACAUGGUCAUUAAGCCAACCCAUUCCAAAAUCUGAUGUCCUGCAAAUCUACGUCGGUCCUGAGUUGAACACCCUCUCUUACCACGAAUUCUCCAUUAGCAAUCUAAUCAUCGGCGAGCACCGUGUUGACUUUGCCAAAGACAUGGUCGAUAGUCUACGGAAUAAGCCGUUCUACCGGUUCGGUGAAUGUGGAGGUCAACUUCGCCCGAGGUUUGUCGCUCCAAUAGAUGGAGGUCAUCCAUCUUCGACGACUGAAUUUGUCUACCAAGGUCUUGACUUGUCUGCACCACCAGCUGGCCGACGUUUGCGCUCUGUCUUUGAGGACUGCGGAGAUAUCAACCCGCAGUUAUGCGAUGCAAUUAGUGAUAAUGUAACCAAGGAGUGGCCAAUCAUCAUCCAUUCACUUCUUUCUCCUAAGCCGUCACGCAGAGUUCGAGUUCGCAGUAUGCAUUAUGUUGGAAAUGGGAAGAGCACAAAGAACUGUCGAGAGGCCCAGACAUCGUCGGCUUGGUUCAAUGGUGAAACUCACUGGGAGGUGGAAAAUAUAGCCAAAGUGCUGGCCAGAAAUCCAGACUUCCGAGUGACCAUUGGCUUUCGUACACGGACUCAAAAUGAUGCCAACAACACAGCUGGACUCUUAGGCGCCUUUAAUUUUGGCUUCAAGGCUGGCACCCUCUUUAUCCUCUUAGGCAAACGUCAAAUACACCUGAUAGUGGAGAGCGGGACUGAUGGAAAUAGCGAUUUCUACUGGUCAUCACCACCCCUAGAUCUUCGUGACAACGCGUGGCAUCGCUUGGAACUCCUUCCCGUUAACAUGCAAACUAGAGAUGCUCAGCGUGGCGUCCAAGUCACAAAAAUGCGGUUCAUUCUUGACUACCACGAGACCUGGAUUGAGGAAUCGAUCACUUGGCGUGUGCCAGUCAAUGCCUUCAUCGGUGGAUAUCCAACUGCGCGCACUGUGCGAAUGGGCCGAAAGACCAUGAACUUGGCAAAUCUGUUCGGUUGUGUGGAUGAGUUAACGUUGGGUGGACAGGAGUUUGAUUUGUCCAAAUCCAACCUACCAUCUUGUCCGGAUUGCUUCUUGUUAGAUGUCAAAGCCGUCCACGUGCUGCCAAAGGUUCAGGAUAUUAUCCAACCUGAUCGUGGCCGACUUCUGCCACUCAAUCUGAACGUUGACUCAAAGGCGACAGAAAGUAUGACUUCCAUCGAAUUCUCCUUUGAAGUCCUCUACGAUGCACAAAAGAUAGGUGUGGAAAGUCUCUUCGUGAUGGUCUUUGAAAAUUUGAACAAUCCUGAUGAGCCAAUCCGUAUUUGGAUCUACCUCGACCGCUAUAUGGUCUACGUCACCGACAUUACAAUGGAGGAGAAGGUGAGUUUCACUAUCAACUCCGUGGAACCACUUGCCUGGCACUACGCAUCGGUGAAGAUCCUUAUGCAGGAAUUUGGGUCGAUCAUUGAAAUCAGCACCCAAAGCGAGUCUGCUCAAUCCCUGAUCUUGAGUGCUCUGGGUCCUUUACGAAACAUCUUCUAUGGAUCAGAUGAAGAAAUCACGCCACAAAUGCAAUCGGAUCAUCACAGUGGAACGGUGGUGCCGCCCUUCAUGGGAUGCCUGAGGAACUUAAAAUUGCUGAUUGAUGGAGCUAUAGAGGCAGAAGUCGAGUUUCCGGAAUCCACUCAGCACCUUGUACACGGUGUUUGUACACUCUGA